AUGGCACAGAAAUCAUCAUCUCUGCUCUUCAAUGAAGUGCUUAGCAACAAGAUUAUACAGAGGAAAUGCCUCGGAAUAGCUAAGAACUACUUCACCAAUGCAAUGAAGACUAAUCCCUAACAAGUUUAGUUCCCUCAAUACCCCUACAUUUUCUCAAAAACCCUAUCAUCUUUACUUCCAAAAGGUCAAAGUUUUAGAAUACCAAAGCUGUGCAAUAAUGGUCAAGUUUUUCAUGAAAUUGAACUUGGAGUAAUGCUAAAAAGGGGCGGAAGACAUCACGCUAAAAUGUCUGAUUGGAAAGAAGAUAUUGGUGGAUAUUUCCUUUUAAUAGAUUACACGGAUUUUGAUGAGGCCAAGAAAGCGAUGAUUAAUGGUCUUCCAUAUUUUAAAGGCAAAGCUCAAGACGGUUUCCUUUACUUAAGUGACUUGAUCCCAGUCGAAGCAAUUGAUGAUCCACAUUAAGUUGAAUUAGAACUAAAGAUUAAUGAUUAAGUGAAAUAAAAAGACAUCACAGGCAACAUGCACUUCAAGAUUCAUGAGCAAUUGGAAUAUAUUACUCGCUACAUGACUUUAGAAGCAGGAGACAUCCUAAUGACUGGCACUCCAGAAGGCUUAGGGCCAGUAAGUGAGGGUGAUAAACUAGAUGCUACUUUGACAUACAAGGGGAAGGUAUUAGCCUCUAUUUCUGAUGUAAUUCAGAAAGAGAGAUGA